UCGGAAAACUACUAACAUGGUGGCUCACAUUGGAUGAAACAUAAUUUAUUAGGAUCCUUUGUGUAAAAUCAAAAACAUAGGUGGCCAGAUUGAACGAACUUUCAAAUCUCUCAUCAACCUUCUAUCAACUCCCGAUGCCGCAGGCCAAAGUCAUAAACUCACUCAUACGCGACUGAGCACGACAGUUUCUUUCGUCUCCACUCUCCACCCACCCAUACACCGGCUACGACGGCUCUGCUCCUCAACCUAGUCGAUCUUGCUAUCGCUCUUAUCCCGGUUUGACUUGCAAUGACUAAAGCCAGGAAGGUAACACAAAGAUCCGGAUCAAAUCAUUAUAAGGCAACCCCAUAUUCCUUACGAUCAUUUCAAUCAAAGAUCAUGAAAGAUGCCCACAACAAGAAACAAAAAAAGGAAUCCGAGAAGAAAGAUUAUAAAGAUGCAAGAUGUUCAGUUUGUAUGGAGUAUCCUCACAAUGCUGUUCUCCUCCUUUGCUCCUCACAUCACAAGGGGUGCCGCCCUUACAUGUGUGCAACUAGUUAUCGGUAUUCCAAUUGUUUAGACCAAUACAAAAAAGCCUACUUGAAAGAGAAGGAAGACUCAGAGUCGCCAGACGGGUCAAGCGUUGACCCGUCUGACUCUGGGCUUAUGUGCCCGCUCUGCCGCGGUCAGGUGAAAGGGUGGACCGUGGUGGAACGGGCACGCAAGUUUCUCAAUUCUAAAAAGAGAAGUUGCAUGCAAGAUGACUGUUCGUUUGUUGGGUCAUACAGAGAUUUGAGAAAGCAUGUACGAGAGGAUCAUCCGCUGGCCUGCCCGCUAGAAGUUGACCCGUCACUUGCUGAAAAAUGGAAAAAGCUUGAAAAUGAUAUGGAGUUAAACGAUGUAAUGAGUACAAUUAGCUCGACAAUGCCUGGGUCGAUAGUAAUGGGGGAUUAUGUGAUUGAAGGAAAUUUUCGGGGGUUUUCUAGAGACAUGGAGAUGGAUAAUUAUCUUGACAAUGUACUUUUCCGGUUAGGUUCAAGGACUUCCCGAGGCAGCUAUGCGAUAUUGGAGAGGGGUCGUCAGUCAGUGGAUGAUGAUGGUGGUGGUGCCGCCACUGGGCGUGUUCGUAAUUACAUUCCUCGGAUUGCCCGCCGCCAGGGAAGGUUGGUUUUAGGUGGGCCAAGGAGGCGACGCGGGCGUGGUGUAGAUAUGUAAACGUCAUUAUUUUGGGUCCAUUUGGCCCAGAUUUGGUGCCCGAGGGUUCCGGGCAGACAUGGUUUUCUGUUGUUUAUGUACUAUGGUUAUUAGGUGUCAUUUUGCUUAUGGGCUUGUUUGUCAUUUUAUGAGUUUAGACAUUAAAAUGUCAUUCAGCCAUUUGCACAACAUAAGAAUUUAGAUGUUGGUUUACUUGUUAUCUUUCUACAGUGUUAAAAACAAUGAUAGAUAGAUCAGACGUGUAGGUGGUUUGUUUUA